CCAACUCCAUAUUAAUGCCUGUGGUUUUGGAAUGACAUGUUCGACGGGCAGGUGUCCACAUACUUUUGGUCAUGUAGUGUAUAUGUGACUUAACGAAGGAGAAUAUUGUAUGAAACUUGUGAACCUUUUAACACUUGAUCGAAUUGAAUAGUUGUAAAGUGACGCCUGGAAUUGUAGAUUGGAAGCCUGUCAUUAUACUAUGGUGAGGGACAAGUGGUGAUGCAUUUAAUGUAUGCACAGCUGAAUUGAGAUGGAACCAUUUGUGAAGGGGACAUCCAGUUUAAUGGUUGAACUUUGUCACUCCUGGAGACAACAUACUAAUCUUUCAGAUGUUAGAAUCUCCGACCUACUGUUGUUGCGUGUACAUUUUUUUAUGGUGUUUCCAUUUUGUAGUGGCGUAAGUGUCGUAUUGGGACCUUCAGGUUUGUGCACAGCGUAGUCCUUUCAGAACGUUUUCAGUUGCUGUUUUCAUUCUCAAGGUGUUACCUGUUUUGGGGAUGUUAUAGUGGAAUGGUCUGGAGAGCAUUGGUGAGCUGGACACGACUGUUCUGCAAUAAUGCUAUUAUGUACCCCUCUGUCUACAGGUGCUGUUGUUUGUGCUGUUGUCGGCAUGGCGGUGGUCAUCCAUUUACAGGGGCUUAGAAUCACUGCAGGUUCUGAUGACGUUCGCGAUUUCUUCACUGGCCUCAAAAUCCCAGAUGGUGGGGUGCACAUUAUUGGUGGGGAGCGUGAGGAGGCUUUCAUAAUCUUUGCUUCCGAUGAAGACGCGAGGCGGGCGAUGACACGUUCGGAGGGAUCCAUCAAAGGUUCUCCGGUUCGCUUACGGCUGAGCAGCAAGUCAGAAAUGCAGGCUGUUCUCAAGCAAAGUAUAAAACCUGAGGUGACCAAAAAGAGGCCAUAUAAGGAAGGUUUCAGAAGACCGGAAAGAGAAGGCAGGAAUGAGGAACCUGGGAGAAAAGAGCUUGUGAAGAUGGGCAGUAGAUCAGUGUCUUACAGUAACGUACGUAGUCAGGCCCGAAAGCCUUCCUCGAAGCCAAGCAGACAAGAUGCCUUGUAUUUGCUUAUGCAAGGCAUGCCUUUUACUACGACCGAAGAGAAUGUGAGAGAUUUCUUUCACGGAUUAUUGGUGGAGGACAUUAUUAUGAUGAGAAAUGACCGCGGCCAACCAAAUGUGAAAGGAAUUGUCAAGUUCGGAUCCAGACUGGAUGCUAGAGAGGGUCUGAAAAGAAAUCGGGAUUACUUUGGAACUAUGUUUGCGGAACUCGAUGCAUGCUCAGAAGAGCAGUGGUUUAAGGCUGGUGGUGGUAGGGAACCUGGUAAAGACAGCAGUGGUACGUUUAGAAGAGGGCCUUCCUCGGCUCACAGUGAGAGGUCUCCUCCUGGCCGUGCACCUGGUAGAGACAGCAGUGGUAAGUUUAGAAGAGGGCCUUCCUCGGCUCACACUGAGAGGUCUCCUCCAGGCCGUACACCUGGUAGAGACAGCAGUGGUACGUUUAGAAGAGGGCCUUCCUCGGCUCACACUAAGAGAUCUACUCCAGACCGUGCACCUGGUAGAGACAGCAGUGGUAAGUUUAGAAGAGGGCCUUCCUCAGCUCACACUGAGAGGUCUCCUCCAGGCCGUGCUAGGUCUUUCUCACCAGUGGCCUACGGGUCUACAAAGUCCUCUUCUCCUCCCAAUGAUGAGUUCUGUGUCUUGGUGGAAAACCUUCCCUACUUAGUGGAGAAGAAGGACAUAAGGGAGAUCUUCCAACAUGCAGACCUCAAGUAUGAUCAGAUCCUUCACCUUCUUGACAAGUAUGGGUCAGAGACAAGGUCCGUAUUUGUGCUGUUCAAUAGCCUGAGGGACUACGGUGCUGCCUUGACUCUUCACAAGAAGACAUUUUUCAAACGAUGUGUGUACAUCUCUCCUAUCUCGAAAGAGAAAAUGGUCGCCAUGCUAGAAUCUGGGGGAAAUCCAGUGGAUGGCACACCACCCUCUAAAAGGUCUUACAGCAGAUCUCAGGAAAGGCUUCCAAGAGAGACUGAGAAGGAUGUGUAUGAAUCUGAGAAGAUUUGCCUGUAUGUGCGAAACCUGCCUUUCGACGUGCGCAAAGUUGAGAUUGUGGACUUCUUCCUAGGCUUCAGGAUCUCAGAGGAGGCUGUUGUUUUGCUGCUUGACCAUAGGGGCAAUGGGCUUGGAGAGGCUUUGGUGAUCUUUCAGACUGAGGAGGAGGCUAUGAGGGCACAGUCUCUGAAUGGGCAAGGGUUUCUUGGAACAAAUCUCAUCCUGAAAUGCAUUUCUCUGGCUCAGAUGCAUGAAUUUGGUGUUGGUGAACCUGCAGUGAAAGAGCAAAAGAUGGAGAGAAGCUCAGAGAGGUACUUGGCCAGGAACAGUGAGGCGAUGUCCCAUCUGUACACUGAUUACAGGGUCAACCCUGAUAUAGGCCAUCUUCCUAUGAACGACCUGCAGGCUCAUAUUCCUGGAGGCAGCGGUCUGCGUCUCGAUUCUCAAAUGAUGGAAAGCCCUGUUCUGCUUGACAACUGGGGCAAUGGCUCUGCUCAUAGACAUGGAGGCUAUGGACCUUCUGCACCGCAGCAGUUUGAUGGUCCAACAUGCCUGAAACUGGUUAAUCUGCCUUCGACUAUCAGAAUUGACGAAAUCUAUGACUUUUGCUAUGGAUAUAGUGUAAUUCCUGGAUCGGUCUCAUUGCAGUAUGACAACAAAGGGAUUCCCAAAGGCUCAGCAACAGUUGUUUUUGGAUCUCGCUUGGAGGCGUUAACGGCAGUUGAGGAAUUGAGUGAAAGACCAAUAGGCAACAGAAAAGUAAAACUAGUUUUUGUGUGAAAUUUGUCCUCUGUAUAGAACAUGAAAGAACCUUUUUGGGCUUUAAAAUUUGAUGUUUUAGGAAGAACAACUCAGACAGUAUUUUGUUAGUUUGGUGGAUUCCAACAGAUGGUGACUGAACAAUUUUAGAUUUAAAAAAUACUGUGUGUGUGUAUAUAGCCUUCUACUCAAUGUGUAACGGACAAACCUUUUGUCCAUCAUAGUCCCCCCCCCCCCCCUUAAAGAAUAACAAAAUGAUUUAUUUGUAUUUUGCCCAUCGCUUGCUUGCCAUGUAGCCUGUUUCUGAAGCUUUUUCUUUUAUGAAAUUUGCCUGAAAUUGUAUUUUCUUUAACAGCUGGGUGAAGGUAGAACUUAAUUUUGCACCUAUGUGUUUAAAUGUUUAUUGCAUUAUGUAGUGUAAAAGUUGUCAAUUUAAACUUAGUGGAAAUUCUUUGAUUAAAAUUGAUAAUGUUCUCCUG